CGUCUGUGUGUGCCCUUCUGGUUUAGUCUCCGGGGAAAGCGAAGAAAAAUCGUUUCGGCGGCGGGGAAAGGGAGCCAGCCAUGUAUCCCAGUUCAGGUCACACCAACGGCUACCACGACCAGCAACAGCCGGAGCACCAGCGAGUUGUGACGACGACUCAACGGCAGCGGGUCAGAAGAGGGUCCCGCGGCGGCGGACUUAGGUCGCGUGAUUACGGGGAUGGGUUUAGGGUUUUUGGCGAGGAUAAUAAUAUCCAGCCGCCGUCGCAGCAGGCGGAGCAGCAGAAUCUCGCUCCGUGUACCGACUUCGAUAAGGCCUACUUCCAUUCUUACGCUCAUGUUGGCAUCCACGAAGAGAUGAUCAAGGACAGAGUACGCACCGAUACUUAUCGGAGUGCAAUCUUGCAGCACCAGAAGCAUAUCGAAGGCAAAGUUGUCAUGGAUGUUGGCUGUGGCACUGGAAUUCUAGCUAUAUUUUGUGCUCAAGCUGGCGCGAAACGGGUAUAUGCUGUAGAUGCCAGUGAUAUUGCUCUUCAGGCUAAUGAAGUUGUAAAGGCAAAUAAUUUAUCUGACAGGAUUAUUGUAUUGCAUGGGAGAGUUGAGGAUGUUGAAAUUGACGAGGAGGUUGAUGUUAUAGUUUCAGAGUGGAUGGGCUACAUGCUUCUCUACGAGAGCAUGCUAGGAAGUGUAAUUACUGCAAGAGAUCGAUGGCUAAAACGUGGAGGACUGAUUCUUCCCUCACAUGCAACGUUGUAUAUGGCGCCUAUCACACAUCCUGAUCGAUACACGGAAAGCAUUGAUUUUUGGCGCAAUGUGUAUGGGAUCGACAUGUCUGCCAUGUUGCCAUUAGCUAAACAGUGUGCAUUCGAAGAGCCAUCAGUGGAGACAAUAAGUGGUGAGAAUGUCUUGACAUGGCCUCAUGUGGUGAAAUAUGUGGACUGCUAUACACUUCAAAAUUACGAGCUAGAAUCUGUUACAACAAGGUUUCAAUUCAAGUCAAUGAUGAGAGCUCCAUUUCAUGGGUUUGCAUUUUGGUUCGAUGUCGAAUUUAAUGGGCCUGCAAACUUGAACACGAACGCUCAAAUUUUGCUACCUGGAUCACCAAAUCCUCCUUCCUUGGAUGGUGCCGUGAAGAAGAAAAGGACGAAUCCAAAUGACACACUUAUACUGUCUACUGCUCCUGAGGAUCCUCCAACACAUUGGCAGCAGACAUUGAUAUACUUCUAUGAGCCAAUAGAGGUGGAGCAAGAUCAAGUGAUAGAAGGGUCAUUGGUGUUGUCACAAAGUAAAGAAAACCGUCGGUUCAUGAAUAUUCACCUCGAGUACAGCUCCGGUGGCCGUUCUUUCGUGAAGGAGUCAGUUAUGAGAUGACGACAGCUUUGAGUUAGAAACAAGACAGACGAGUUUACUGUCAGGUUGUCCUUCCCCGUAGCAGCCGCAGUUUUGGCUGAAUGGUUUUCUUGGGAAGGAGGCAAUUGUACUAUUAGACUUUGUUUAAUGGCAACGGCUGGCUGGCUGACCUGAGUUGGGCAGCGAGAAGUAGGAAUUAUAAGUUUGUAGAAGAAGAGCAACCCAAAAUUGUUGUUUCAAUUGGAUUUCCCUGAAGCACAUCGGGUAGAGUCCUCGAUUUGGUUCUUGUAUGAGUAGUUAGCAUUGCCAAUGUGGAAUUGUAGCAGGCAUGGUCCAGUGUACCAUAAUUCAUAAGAUUGUUUAUUGUCAAAAUGGCAAGUAUUUAGGUGGGAACUGACGAGCUGUUGAUCUUGGGAUGAAUGAAUGUAAAAUGAUGAU